AUGUCCCUCACACCUAAGCAGAAUCAGGCCAUUGAAAUCACUGAGCGAAUCACUUCGGGGCUCUCAAUAUGCGGUGCUCUAUUUGUUAUUCUUACCUAUAGUGCAUCUUCUUCAUUCCACAAGCCCGUGAAUCGCAUGGUCUUCUAUGCAUCAUGGGGAAAUAUUCUUGCCAAUGUCUCGACUAUGAUAUCUUUGUCAGGCAUAUCAGCAGGCAGAAAUUCAGUCAUGUGUCAAUCACAGGGCUUUUUGAUUCAAAUGUUCAUGCCCGCAGAUGCUCUCUGGACGCUGGCCAUGGCCUGCAACGUAUACCUUACAUUCCGUCAUAGAUACUCGUCGAGUCAGCUUCGGGGCCUAGAAUGGAAAUGGCUGCUGGCAUGUUACGGAAUCCCGUUUAUUCCAGCGAUUACAUACGCAUUCCUGCGAACAGAAGAAAAAGGGAGGAUCUAUGGGCCUGCAACACUUUGGUGUUGGGUUGAUCUACAAUGGGAUCCACUUCGAAUCGCCACUUUCUACGCCCCUGUCUGGAUGAUAUUCCUUGUCACCAGCUUUAUCUACCUCUCCGUCGGGACGGAAAUUUAUAAGAAGCGAAAGCACCUCCGCAGUAUGGCCUCUCGAAGCCUGGAUACCGUUCAAAGUAUGAAGAGAGUCGAAGUACAAAUCACCACCGAAAUUGCUGGUGAAAGUUGCGAAGUGGGACAAGAUGGAAAAUUCUCUCAAUACGCAGCUUUUGUCUCAUCCGCAGAGCACACGAACGCCAAUACAUCCAACGCGCUCAAAUCAACUCCAAAGAUGUCUAGCUCCGAUGCUGCUGCUUGGGCUUAUACAAAAUGUGCAAUGCUCUUCUUCGCUGCACUUCUUAUUACUUGGGUGCCGUCAACCAUCAACCGUGUAUACACCCUGAUAGCUGAGGGAAAGGACAACUUCGCUCUUUGCUAUUUCGAGGCACUCGUACUUCCUCUCCAAGGAUUCUGGAACUGCAUCAUCUACAUCACCACAUCUCUAGGUGCUUGCCGAAAACUAUGGGCAUCACUUUUCACACACAGGCCCAUUUCUCAAAGGAUUGCUCUAUCAAAUAUGGAUAGAGAAAGAAAUUUCAGCAGAAUUGAAGAGGCUUCAGAGAGCACAAAGGAUCUGGCACCAAGCAGUCCAGGUGAAUUUUGA